AUCGCGAUAUUAAGGAUGGUCGACUAUCAAACCAUUCUCAAGCACAUUAUAAGUGUUAGGCUGUUGUGUUCCAUUUAGAAUUAUACACAAACAUGGUAUGUAGCCCUAUAUUAUUCAGUGUUCAGUGUAUACUCGAAACAACGUUUUAAUAGACAAGAAAGGACAGCAGUGAGUGGAGGAGGAGGAGGAAACAAGGAGGAGGAAACAGAGAGGAAACUACAAAGGAGGAGAGACAAGCUUUCUCCCAUGAUCCUUAGCGGCGGGUGAAGGAAAAUGUUCACGGCCAUGUCGUGUUAGAGCUCAGUUCAGAAAAGGGCUAGUCGUACUUUAAUGACGCCUUAUCUAUAUAAAGUUCUGUAAUCAAACUAUCUACCCUCUCGUCUGACGGAAACCAGACUGUUUUGUAGUUUAGUUCGUGAUUCACCUUCAGACGAACAUGAGCGGAGGAGGGACGCCGUACAUUGGUAGCAAAAUUAGCCUGAUUUCCAAGGCCGAGAUUCGCUAUGAAGGGAUUUUGUACACAAUUGACACUGAGAACUCGACCGUAGCUCUCGCUAAAGUUCGCUCUUUCGGCACUGAGGACAGACCUACUGACAGGCCUAUUCCGCCUCGGGAUGAAGUCUUUGAGUACAUCAUAUUCAGAGGGAGUGAUAUUAAAGACCUCACAGUUUGUGAGCCACCCAAAGCCACUAGCAGUCUGCCUCAGGACCCUGCCAUUGUUCAAUCAUCACUUGGAACAUCUAGUGCUGGACCACCACCAUCUUUCCAGUCAACCGGGCCUUACGCCCCUCCUUACAGCAGAGCCUCGGUUCAACCAUACAGCCAGUUUGGUGUGACACCGCUCUCAGCUCAGCCGUUUGGACCUGCUGGAGCUGCGGGACGCACCAGUACCCAGCUGGACUCUUUAAGAAAAAGUCCCACCCCAGAGCAGGCAGCACAGGCCCCAUCAUCAGCUGCACCAGCACCACCUGCACCUGUGGGGCAGAGGAGUCAGGCUGGGACCGCAGCCCCCAGACCCACCAGCAGCAUCACAAGCAGCCAGAUUCCCCCAGACCUCCUUGAGCAGAGAAAAGCUCCCGAGGUUCAGAAGGUGUUACAGCCAGAACAUGAACAUGGCGCAGUUGAAAACAGGGAUCCCAACAGGCACCAAGCUGCUGCUGCUGCUCAGUCAAUGCGCAGAGGACGUGGAAGAGGAAACCGCAGCCGAGGCAAAAUGAAUGUGCGCAGGGAUGGCCCGAUGAAGUUUGAAGAAGACUUUGACUUUGAGACUGCCAAUGCCCUGUUCAACAAAGAUGAGAUCGACAAAGAGCUUCAGAACAAGCUCAAGCUGAAAGAUGACAAGACUGAGAAGCCUUUAAAUGGAGAAGAAACUGCUGACUCAGAACAUCCAGCCACUGAGGGGACCAAUGAGGAGGAGGAGGGCGGGACAAACUCGUGUUACUACGACAAGACCAAGUCCUUCUUCGAUAACCUGUCCUGUGAUGAUUUAAGUAAAGGGGGCGAUAGAGGAUUUACAAGGGAGAGAAGGUCCGGCUGGGCAGAGGAGAGACGCAUGAAUUCUGAGACAUUCGGCAUCCCUCUGAGGCACAAUCGAGGAAGAGGAGGGUUCCGCGGCCGUGGCUUCAUGGGGCCCAGAGGAGGCAGAGGGCGACCGCUGAGCAGAGGAUCCUUCGGGCCACCCAGGGGUCCUCCACCUGGUUUCAGAGGCGGAUUCAGAGGUGGCAGAGGAGGACGUGAUUUUUCUGAUUUUGAAUACAGGAAGGAGAACAAAGUGGCUGCAUAGUACAGCGGCUACGGAUCUACAGAGAAUGGGAGCCCCUCAUUAUGAAAUAGUUCCAGUUGAAGAAGAUUUUUGGCGUCAGCAUUUGACAGACAGAAGGAAGAUAUGGUCUCAGUCACCAGCACCAGGGUCUGCCGCUUUACACCCGACGGUGAGAGUGCAGCUCUGUCCUGCACUCUGAGAAACAGGCUUUUUCCAUUUGCCCCACUCACGCAUGUGAAUACAUUGCUUUAGAAUUAUUUUGCAUUUUUCCAUCAACGGAGUUCAUUUCAUCCUGAAGGUAUCUUUUGAUAAUAUGAGCUGAGAGCAGAAAGCCCACUGAUACUGUGAGUGGAUCACAGUUCAUGUGAUCGAUAGCUUUAUUUCCAUUCUUUAAGUUUUUUUGUUGGCAUCAGAAAUUCUCUCUGCAGCCUGUUGCAUCAUAGUUCUCUGUACUCAGAAUAUUUAGUUUGGUCAUUUGUUCAGUAUUUUUCACUUAGUUUGCAGGAUAUGUUUUUUUUUUUGUACCUCCAUGAUUUCACAGUGAAGUAGUGAGAGUAAAGCCAGCUAAUACAACAACCUGAACUGAAUAUUGUUUUGAAUGAAUGUAUAUCUCCUACUCUGGGCCCCCCAGCAAACUGUGGCUCACGGGACAGUUUUAGUUUAGACUUUUUUUUUUAGAAAUGUGUGUUCAGUAUUUAGUCAUUAGAUCAAACUGUGACUCUCCGGCCUCCCAACAUCAGAUGAAUUCAGUUUCUGGUUACAUAUCUGGACAAAUUCGGAAGGAUGCUUUGGGUUUACAGCAUUAGCUUUAAACUUAUUUUUGAAUUUGUUGACCGGGUCUGUUUUAUUAAAGAACAUGUCAAUGAUUCUGUCUGAGAAUAAGAAACAUUCAGUACUAUUAAUGGCUUUAGAAUUACCCAAGAUUUCUCAGGGGAGACCUGCAGUCAUGAUGAGCUUGGACAAGUCUGAUUUGGAUUCAAAAUGUUUUUGCUGUGUUGCCAAAAAAGGAACUCUAAAACAUUCAGUCAGGCUAAAAUAAUUCCCAGCCCAACAGUACACUCUUUUCUUUUUGUUUACUCUUCUUAUGUUUGAGCACAUACUGAGCCGUCUGUCGAAGCAUUCUGUAAUCAUCAUCCUAGUAUUGUCUUACAGUUGUGUCAUCUGCAUUGUUGUCGCUGUUUCCACUGCAGAUCGGAGUACUUAAUGAUGCAAUGAUUGUUUACUGAAAACGGGAAUUCUUGUAAAUGGAUUGAAAAAUGUCUGAAAAGAUAAGUUCAGUACGAAAGGAAAAAGUUCUGCUAGAUAUUGGCUUGCUGGCUUCUUUGUAGCUCCCCCUUGUUGCAUUGUUGUCAAUGUGAUUGUUCUCUGGAGUAAACUCGUUAUAUUUUUUUUUUACUGAUGUGAUAAAAGGGACAAGAACUGGAUGUGGUACCAGUAUGUCGGAGGGAGGGUGCAUAUUUCUUUUGUCUUAUCAGCGCUGAUUUGUUAGUACUUUAGGGACGUCAGAGUACUUCUGCCUUCAGAGUGAUUUUUAUACAGCUCUCCCUUUAACUUCAAGGUUACAAAACACUGAUAGCACUACAUGAUGAAACUACAUCUGUCUCAGUAGCUGAGGUUGUUUGAAAAGAGCAGCCCGGUUGAAGAUGUGCUGUUUAUUUGAAUAUUACACAGAUUGCUGAUCACUGCAUGACAGCCAACAGGAACCAACACUUCAUAUGGGCUUUCACGAUAACCAGCGAUACUAAAUUUGAGACAGAAGUUAUUGCUGAAUAAUUGAAAACUGACAUGUUUUUCAUAUGUUUGUUACUCCUUCCAGUCAGUGGAAUUGUAAACCAGGAAUUGUUUUCUUGAGAAUAUCAGCAAAAUUGAGUUUUUACGUAAAAUAAAGAGUUGUACAAUA